AUUUAAUAAGCCUAAUUAUUAGGAUUGUGCAUUUCCAAAUUUGUAACACAUUCCUGUUCCUGUUUUUCUCAAAUGGCAGAAUAUCAGAAAGAACUCACCAAGGUUGAGGAGGAAUUGGAGCUGGUGGAAGUUGAGCUUCAAGAAUUAUUAGAGAGACAAGGUCAGCUACUGAACAAACGAACAGAAUUAAAAACAAUUCUUUCCCAACAUGAGGAAGAAGCUCAUCAGAAAAAGCUGGACAUCAAAUGGGAUAGUGAAGAUUUCCCAUGGACCAAAGAGAUGGAUGAAAUUAUGAAAAAUGUGUUCAAAAUUAAAGAGCUGCGGCCAAUGAAGAGACAGACCAUGAAUGCCACCCUACAUAAAUCUUUCUGUCCUUUCAAUGAUGACUCUGACUCGGACUAUGAUGAGAAAGUAACAAAAAUAGAAUCCAGUGCUUCUUCCUCUCCACACCAGUCCAUUCUUGUCAGUGAUGACGAAGAUUUUCAAACUUGA